AUGCCGACGAAACGCUGUUAUUUUCAUCCGGAUUGCAGGUCCACUUUGUUCAGCCUUCCCAGGGACGGGGAAGUUAGGGAUCAAUGGUUAAAAUUUAUUUUUAACUCGGUCCCUCAAAAUUAUUACCCAAAUCUCGCUCUCUGUGCUGCUCAUUUUACGGAGGAAAGCUUCCACAAUCUUCGCGAGUUCAAUGCAGGAUUCGCCCAACGGCUUGUCCUGAAAGAUGGAGCAGUUCCAACUUUAAAAACAGAAGCUGUUUACGGGCCACAACCUACAACAUCUCAGCAGGGUUCGAGUUCCCAAGAGCUCCCCACUACAUCUACACUUCAUGAAGUUGGAUGUCAGUCAGACCCUAUAGAGACCGAAACUGUAGCCAUAGAGAUAAAGCCAAAGAUGCGAUCAGUGGGCACACAACUUUCAAUGGGACACUCAGCAAAAUUUGGCAGCUACACCAUUAUGCACAUGGAAACCAACAAAAUUCUGGAUCUUCAACUAGUUCAGAGCAACGAGGUUGGUGGAAGUUAUCAUAUGGAAAAGGAGGGAUUGAAGCGUUGUCUCGAUAAGCUCGAGUCUAAUGUUUUAGCUGUUGACUACAUCGUCACCGAUCGCCAUCCGCAGAUUCAGAAGUGCCUGAGGGACCGCAAUAUCACUCAGUUCUAUGACGUGUGGCACUUUGAGAAAGGUUUAUCUAAGAAACUUGACAAACUUUAA